AUGUGGUUGGAUUUCGAUAUUGCGGACUUGCUCGCUACGGAGACAACUUUUCAAUACGUCGCGCAUGACGAUGCCCCAGAGCAGUCUCCUCAUCUCGGUAGUAGCAGCGGCGUAACACAGGUGCCGAAUGCGCCUAUUAGCCAGCAGGAUAUCAACUUCGUGCUCAACAGAACUGCCCAAGCACCGCCAGCCUAUUCGACGCCCACAGCCCAGGUCUACGGUUCCAGUGACGGAUGCAACAACACCUUCGCCCAGAGACGGGACCGCACGCUUAACCCAUCUGAUGAACUCCAUGGUAGCAGCGCGCAAGGGGCUUAUCCUUUCGCUGAAUUAGACUUGGUAGGGAGCUGUACGAUGCAGCUUUCAGAGCUUAAUGCGCGCCUCAUAAGAGACUUGACUAUGAACAAGCUUCAGUCCGGGCCUCCGCUCGAAUUACCAGAAAGCCCACCCCCGUCUGCCCUUUCGAAGUUCAUUGGUAGCAUCUUAGGCAACUGUCAAGAAUUUCUAGACAUAUUACAACGUCUCAAAUCAGCUCAUAUGGAUCAUACGAAAUUAUCUCAUACCUCCAUGACUGAGCUGCUGGAACAACAGAGCUCCCAGAAUGCCUCUCGAUUCUAUAGCGAGUCAGAUAGCGACAUAUCCAUACGUCAGCCAUCUACUCCAAAUACCCACAGGCACACUAGAGGGUUCUCAGGACAAAGAUUAAAUGGCCCGUCUCUAUUUAGUUUUUCAGCUCAUCUCUUGGUCCUUUCCUGCUACACGUGCAUCCUUGAAGGCUUCGAUUCGAUAUUUACAGUGAUUCUUGGAAUGCUUACGGAGGGUUCAUACAGCCUUGACCUGAACUUAACGGGCAUUCUCCCCGAAUUCUCACUAGGAGGAUUCCGCCUGCAUGGCCAUAAUGACCUGCAAAUCAAGUGUCUUCUUCAAGUUAGCUCCAUGGUUCUGGUGAAGAUUGAGAAUAUCAUCGGUAUUGGUGCAACAGAAGUGGGCACACAUAACUCAAGGAACGGGCUCUUAAACAACAGGGAUUUGGGAGGCCUCCUUGACGCUUUAUAUUGCCAGAAACAAUUUGAUCACACUGGGGGUGGUGGAUCGCGAGUAGCCCGUGUAAAAGUGACGAUGAAAAGGAUAGAGAAGAUAUUAGAUUCAGCCUAG